AUGUGGACAUGGGCUCGGCAAAAAGUCAUUGGGACCUUGGGCCGUAGUAAGAAUGCUGCAAAAACGCAAGCGCCGGAGGCUAGCGCGCAAGUGCCACGCCACAUGCUACUUACGCUGACUUGCAAGACACAGGGGAAGACUGGAUGUCUGUCCAUGUGGCCUGUUAGCAGCAUCCCAAGCAGCCCAGAUGCUGGUACAAAAUUCAGAGCAUACCCAGACCAUCCAGGCAUUUGCCCUGGCCAAGCAUCCCAGAUGCACUUUGUAGCACGCGUGACAUCCCCGCGACACACUUCAGCCACUUUGCGGGCAGCUGGCAGAGUUGUCGCAAAGCCUGGAGAAAUUACCUUGGCGUGCUGGCAGCAUUUUGAAUGUGUUGCCAGUUCCAUCUCGCGCGUGCGAGGCGUGUAUCAUCUGAAAGAUGUAGUUGCACGUGCCCCAGACAUGCUGCAGGGCGUUGCCCUUUAG